AUGCGCAUUUCAAUUCAGCAACUUCGAGAAGCAAUCUUCGCGCAACAUCCAGCUCACGCGGCGGCGGAGGACGUCGCGGAGCGACGGGAGGAAGACGUCGCGGGACAACGGGAUGAAGACGUGCCGGAACGACGGAGGAAGAACUCCUCAACGACACGCUUCUUAUGGAGUCUUGACCGAAGACGGACGGGAACUAGGCUCAGCCUAGAGAAGACCCGGAAGAAGAUCAAGAGGAAAACCGUACCGCAGGAACAUUUGCAAGAAGAUGUCGAUUAUCGUCGAGAACCGGUGGCUGGCCGCAGACGCAAUGCGCGAGAAGAGCGUCUACAAAACAUCCUCGAUGAGGCGGAACUGGUACGAGCGGCUAUACGAAGAUACGACGAGGUCAUCAGACAGCUCGAAAGGGAGCCCACAUGCCCCCCAAGGAAUUUCGAAGAAGGAGAGAUAUACCGUGAGGAAGAGAAGUUUAUGAGAUGUGCGUUCUGUGAAGCGACCGGGAUGCAUUACUCAGAUUCCUGUGUUGUUAUACGAUUAGCGAGGGAACGUCGACAAGUUUUAAUGGAAAAAAGGAGAUGCCAAUUAUGUUUGGAGAAGCAUUGCUCAGGAGACCGAUAUUCAUGUCCGAAAUACUACGCUUCGUGUCAUCACUGCAGAUUCCCCGGCCACCACUCCGCUGUUUGCGAGCUUCCCGACGCAGCGAGGAUAUAUGGCAAAGGCUUACGGAAGCGCGCAAUAACCGUUGGGAAUGUCUUGAAAAGUUAG